AUGCUGACGACACUACAGCUUUUGUCAUUAGUGAUAGCACCAAUGCACCUACUUCCUGUUCAAUGUGGAAACACUGCACUUGAAUACACGUAUUCAACCAAAUCUUAGGGCGUAGUAAUUGAUGGCAGCCUGCUUUGGAGGGACCAAGUCAAUGAAAUACGUAGGUCAUAUUGUAAUCAAAUUAGUAUGCUUAAGAAAAUGCGGUAUCUACUAUCCAAGCUUUUGCAAGACGUAUAUUUCAAGACAAUUAUUCCGCAUGUAACUUUCUCUAUUUCAGCGUGGGGAAGUUGUUCUCCUGCUACUUCUUUUUUAAUUUCUGUUGGAAUUGAAGGCCUGCAUCUAAGAGCAGCCAUGACAAUUCAUAGCUUACUUAAGGAUAUCAUGAAUUGUGACUUGUUACAGCCGCGUCUUCACUGGCAAAGUCUUGGGUGUAUUUAUAAACGAAGAUUAGCUAUU